AUGGAGGCAUCGGCAGCGGUCGAGUCGUCGGCGACCGUGUCCGUCUUCGAGGUAUCAUCCAACAAGCAGCGGCCAGACACGGCGAAGCUUGUGCUGAACAGCCCCAGCCCGCCGAGCCUGCGCGAGGAGCUCGUCGGCGUGGUCGGCAAGGCGUUCCGGCCACGGCCCCCCGGCGGCGGUGGCCGGGCGCCGCGUUGCCCGUGGAUCCUCACGGCGCUGCAGUGCGUGUUCCCGGUGCUGCAGUGGGGGAGGACCUACACCCUCAAGUCCUUCAGGAGUGACGUCAUGGCCGGCCUCACUCUUGCCAGCCUUGGCAUCCCUCAGAGCAUUGGAUACGCCAACCUAGCCAAACUGGACCCUCAGUACGGUCUUUACACGAGUGUGGUGCCACCGCUGAUCUACGCUGUCAUGGGGACAUCGAGGGAGAUCGCCAUUGGCCCAGUCGCCGUCGUCUCGCUGCUGCUGUCCUCGAUGAUCCAGAAGGUCGUCGACCCGGCAGCCGACCCGGCGACCUACAGGUCGCUCGUCUUCACGGUGACUUUCCUCGCCGGGGUCUUCCAGGUCUCCUUCGGCCUCUUCAGGCUGGGUUUUCUCGUGGAUUUCCUGUCGCACGCUGCCAUCGUGGGGUUCAUGGGCGGGGCGGCCAUCGUGAUCGGGCUGCAGCAGCUCAAGGGGCUGCUUGGACUCAGCCAUUUCACCAACAGCACUGAUGUUGUUUCUGUCGUCAUGGCGGUCUGCUCUGCGCUACAUGACCCGUGGCACACGGGCAACUUCCUCAUCGGAUGCUCCUUCCUUGUAUUCAUCCUCACCACACGGUUCAUCGGGAGGAGGUACAAGAAGUUGUUCUGGCUGUCAGCGAUUUCACCUCUGCUGUCGGUCAUCCUGUCCACCGCUGCAGUCUACGCAACAAGGGCCGACAAGCACGGCGUCAAGAUCAUACAGAAGGUUCAUGCAGGCUUAAACCCAAGCUCAGCCAAGCAGAUACACCUGAACGGGCCGCACACCACGGAAUGUGCCAAGAUCGCCGUCAUCUGCGCAGUCAUCGCCCUUACGGAAGCUAUCGCCGUUGGCCGAUCUUUCGCCUCGGUAAGAGGGUACAAACUUGACGGCAACAAGGAGAUGCUGGCGAUGGGGUUCUCUAACGUUGCUGGAUCUCUGUCCUCGUGUUAUGUGGCAACAGGUUCAUUCUCCAGAACAGCUGUGAACUUCAGCGCGGGCGCCAGGUCGACUGUUUCUAACAUCGUCAUGUCCAUCACCGUGGUCAUCACCUUGGAGUUGUUCAUGAAGCUCCUCUACUACACGCCCAUGGCGGUGCUCGCCUCCAUCAUCCUGUCGGCUCUUCCGGGGCUGAUCGACAUCAAAGAAGCUUGCAACAUAUGGAAAAUCGACAAGAUGGAUUUCCUCAUUUGCCUUGGCGCAUUUGUUGGUGUCCUGUUUGGGUCGGUGGAGAUCGGACUUGCAGUAGCACUUGCCAUUUCCUUCGCAAAGAUCAUCAUACAGUCGCUUCGACCUCAGGUAGAGGUUCUUGGCAGGCUCCAAGGGACAAAUAUAUUCUGCAGCAUCAGACAAUACCCUGUAGCUUGCCAAACUCCGACCGUACUACCGAUACGCAUGGACACAUCCUUCCUCUGUUUCAUCAAUGCCACUUUCAUCAAAGAAAGGAUCAUAGAGUGGGUUCGGGAAGAACUGGAGAACUCAAAUGGAAAAGCGAGAGAAAGGAUACAAGCAGUUGUCCUUGAUAUGUCAAGUGUGGUAAACAUCGACACUUCAGGUCUCACGGCACUGGAAGAAAUACACAAGGAGUUGGUGUCUCUUGGAAUACAGAUGGCUAUAGCCAGUCCAGGAUGGAAGGCGGUUCAGAAGAUGAAAGUGUCGCGGGUGGUCGACAGAGUAGAAGAUUGGAUCUUCGUGACAGUAGGCGAAGCAGUGGAGGCCUGUCUAGCUGCUCAUAAGGGCACAGCUCUCGAAUGUUGA